AUGCCCCCCACCUCGCUGCCCCAUGUUGAAACCAUUGACCACCCAUCCUGGCCUGUUUGGUUUUGUCACCCUUACCUGAUUACCCGUGGCCCCAAGGCUUCGUACUUGUGGUAUUGCAUCCCAUUGCAAGAGCCCAUCCUUCGGGGACGGUUGGAGGGCCAGAUAUUCCCCUACGCAGAGCACUAUGGGAUCUCUCAAAGCCAUGUCUUGACAGGGAUGGAGGUGCACAGAGAUGACGAACGAUGGUACGAUCUGUUGCUGCACGAUUUGAGCGACGGGUAUCUAACCGAUCGAGUCUCUGUCGGACCUUUCGAAUCAAACGGAUCCAGGUCAGUCAAUGGUGGUCUUAUUGGAGUUGUCAAUGGCAGAGCAGCGAUUUACAAGAGGAACGGAGAGGAACGGAUCUUAGAGGUUUAUGCGGUGACAGAAGACAGCAAGUUGGCGCUGGAACACACUCUCCAUGAACCCGCCGAAGUUCCUAGUGAAGGGCGAAUUUUCAUGUACGUCUCUGGACGGCCCGCCUCAAUACUGCUUAAAUGCACUUCCGAGGCGGUAAUCACGGCGUCCAUGUACUCCAGGUAUCCCUCGAGUGUGCGGCUUACACGUUGGUCGUCCAAUUCCCGACUGAUAGAUCACCGAACGGUCGACUUCGCUCGAGAUCUCAACCUGCCUCACACUCAACAAGAAUCACACAUUCGCGGACACACCUCCGUUGAUUCCCCCUUUUCCAAAGCCUUGGUGAUCGGCAGCUACGAGCACAUACUCAAAGAAGAUGACAGCGAGCCAGUGACUGUUAUUCGCUCAUUUGACUCGAGCACCUUAGCACUGCAAUGGGUCACCACCAUACCCCAACGGAACUCCACCCUCCACUUUAUCCCACAACGAAAUAUGAUCCUUGCGUUGGGCGUCACCCGCAUAGACUGGGAGAGCCAUCCAUUAGCGAGAGUGGGGCUGAUGGCGCUGGAUGCGGCGACUGGGAUUAUUCAUUCCACCCUGAUGAACUGGACCGCUCCCUGA